CUCACACAGUCGGGACCGUGGGACCGCAACCGAUCGCUGUGUUCAACUUGAGGUGAAGAAAGACACGGGAAACUCCUCGGGAUUCUCCGUACGUCGAGCGCUGAUUUGGAUGUUGUGUUGGACGUGUUGAAGUGCUUCUCAAGGAGAAUUCUGGGGAGAUUUCGUGCUCUUUUAUUCCUCAAGGAUGAAGCAGCACGGUGAACCUGUGUGCUGAAGUAAGCUCCCACUUUCAAACUUCAACAUCGAGGAUCAAACAUGAGCAAAGGUUGUGAAGGCUUGUUUCUAUCAUCCUGUUGUUCAGUGAGGCUCUGAGCUCACGGUGAAUACAGCAUGCAUGUGUCGGCCUAUCCCACGAUGCUCCCUGUCAGUCCAGGCCUGCUUCUCCUCAGCUUCCUCUUCCUCGCUGAUGCUGACUCUCCCCCCAGAUUCACACGAACCCCUGAGGACCAAACAGGAGUGCAGGGAGGAGUGGCUUCCUUCGUGUGCCAGGCAGCGGGGGAUCCGCAGCCCAAGAUUGUCUGGAAUAAGAAAGGCAAAAAAGUCAGCAACCAGAGAUUUGAGGUAAUAGAGUUUGACGAUGGGUCCGGUUCUGUCCUGAGGAUCCAGCCGCUGAGGACCCCCAGAGAUGAGGCGAUUUAUGAAUGUUACGCCUCCAACUCAGCAGGAGAGCUUACUGCUACCACGCGACUCAGUGUCCUACGAGAGGACCAACUGCCCUCAGGGUUUCCCACCAUUGAUAUGGGUCCCCAGCUAAAAGUGGUGGAACGUUCACGGACUGCCACUAUGCUCUGUGCUGCGAGCGGCAACCCUGACCCAGAAAUUACCUGGUUCAAGGAUUUCCUGCCAGUCAACACGUCCAAUAAUAAUGGUCGUAUCAAGCAGCUCCGCUCAGAGUCCUUUGGUGGCACGCCCAUACGAGGUGCCCUACAGAUAGAGAUGAGUGAGGAAGGGGACCAGGGAAAGUAUGAGUGUGUUGCCACCAACAGUGAUGGGACACGCUAUUCCACCCCAGCAAACCUGUAUGUCAGAGAGCUGCGAGAAGUGCGUCGCGUCCCCCCGCGCUUCUCUAUUCCUCCGGCUGACAGCGAAAUCAUGCCAGGGGGGAACGUCAACAUCACCUGCGUGGCGGUUGGCUCGCCCAUGCCAUAUGUGAAGUGGAUGCUGGGAGCAGAAGACCUGACACCCGAGGACGACAUGCCCAUCGGUCGCAACGUCCUGGAGCUGACUGACGUGCGCCAGUCCAACAACUACACCUGCGUUGCCAUGUCCACGCUCGGCGUGAUUGAGGCUAUGGCGCAGAUUAUUGUGAAAGCCCUGCCAAAGGCUCCUGGCAUCCCUGUGGUGACAGAGAGAACUGCAACGAGCAUUACUCUCACCUGGGAUUCUGGAAACCCAGAACCAGUCUCCUACUAUGUCAUACAGCAUCGUGCCAAAGGUUCAGACGACCCUUACAAAGAGAUCGAUGGCAUUGCCACAACUCGCUACAGCGUUGGCGGCCUCAGCCCGUACUCCCACUAUGAUUUCAGGGUGGCAGCUGUCAACACCAUCGGUCAGGGCCCAUCCAGUGAGGUGGUGGAGGCUCGUACAGCGGAGCAGGCCCCCUCAUCUCCUCCCCGGCAGGUCAUAGGUCGAAUGCUGAGCGCUACAACAGCAAUGAUUCACUGGGACGAGCCAGAGGAACCCAAUGGUCAGGUUGUGGGUUACCGGGUGUACUACACCUCAGACAACAUGCUGCCAGUCAACCAGUGGGAGAAGCAGAUGGUCCGAGGCACCAAUUUUAUCACCAUCCAGGAUCUGACUCCUAACAAGACUUAUUAUAUCCGAGUGUUGGCGUUUACCUCUGUAGGAGAUGGACCCCUAUCCCAGGAUCUGCAAAUUAUAGCCAAGACUGGAGUUCCAUCCCAGCCAUUAAACUUCAAGGGCGAAGCCAAGUCUGAGACCAGUAUCCUGUUGUCCUGGGUGGCCCCCUCAACCCAGGGUGGCCAAGAUAGCCAAAUCACAGGAUACGAACUGGUUUAUCGAAGGGUUGACGAUGCGGAGGAGAGGAAAGUGAGCUUUGAGCCAGCCACCACCUACCUGCUGAAGAACCUGAAGCCUUUCUCCACCUACACCUUCCAGCUGGCCGCCAAAAGCAAAAAUGGGAUUGGAGCGUACACCAACGAAGUGUCCAUUGACACUCCACAGACACUUCCUUCAGCACCUCCUCAGGACCUCACAUGCACCAGUCCCAGUUCUACCAACAUCCUGGUAAGUUGGGCUCCACCGCCCCUAGAGUUUCAGAACGGCAUCAUAACAGGAUACUCCAUCCAGUAUUCCACAAUGGAGAGCAACAAAACAUCCAAAAGAGUGGACGGGAUUCCUCCAGGAAGUUCUCCAUAUCUCCUGGAGAACCUGGAGAAAUGGACAGAGUAUGGCAUAACAGUUCGGGCUCUCACGGAGGCUGGGGAAGGACCAGAAAGUUUACAGCUGCUUAUCCGCACCGAGGAAGAUGUUCCAAGUGGUCCUCCACGAGGGGUUGAAGCAGAGACAGUGAAUGCCUCGGCCAUUAGGGUGAAAUGGCGAGCUCCGGCACCCGAACUGCAGCACGGACACGUCCGUGGCUACCAAGUACACUAUGUGCGGACGAUAUAUGGCAAACCACAAGGUCAACCCCUCAUCAAAGACAUCCUCAUCGAUGACUCACAGUGGGAAUAUGGGGACUCAGCUGAAUAUGAGAUCCUGCUUGGAGACCUUAUAGCAGACGCGUCCUACUCUGUGUCAGUGGGAGCUUACACUGCAAAGGGUGACGGUGCUCGUAGCAAAGCUAUUACUGCAUGCACCGCCCUGCCUUAUCCUGAAAAACCAAAGCUGCUGGUCAGUGCAACAAAAUCAGGUACUGCUCUCCUGCAGUGGUACCCCCCUCCAAACCUACCAACCCCUUUGCUGGGGUACCGCCUCACCUUCGGUCGUGUCGACAUUCUUCCCUUCACGGUAGUGGAGUUCCCAUCUAAAGAAACCCGUUACACUGCUCUUGAUAUCUCUAAGGGAGCUAACUAUGUGUUCAGACUCUCCGCCAGGAACAAAAUGGGUUACGGAGAGGAAACUGUGAAGGAGGUGACCACUCCAGAGGAUGCCCCAACUGGAUACCCAGAAAAUAUCAUUCUAGAGGAGGCUUCUGCCACCUCUCUUAAGCUGACAUGGAAAUCAGUCCCACUAAUAGAGCAAAAUGGAAGAAUUGCAAAGUACUCGGUGCUGUAUAAGGAUAUAAACAGUCGGGGAAACGCUACAGAGAUGGUGGUGCCCGCUCCGGGGUCAAGUGUUUUGCUGGAGCGUCUGAGUGCCGAUACUGUGUAUGAUGUCAGGGUGUGUGCAUUCACAGCUGUUGGUCCUGGGCCGUACAGCCCCAGUGUCCAGUUCAGGACGCAGCAGCUUGACCAAGUUUUUGCCACCAACUUCAGAGUGAAGGCAGCCAUGAAGAACUCGGUUCUACUUUCUUGGGAGAUCCGGGACAAGAACCCUGCCCAGCCAUUUACCAUCCUGUAUGGAAAAGGCCAGUCUGUGGAAGUAGAUGGCAAACAGACUCAGAAGCUUAUAACUGGCUUGGAUCCGGACACCCAGUACUCUUUUCUGCUCACGAACCGGGCCAACAGCGCUGGCGGCCUGCAGCACCGCGUCACUGCCACAACCGCCCCAGACAUCCUGAAAAGCAAACCCCUUAUUGUGGGAAAGACCAACGCGGAUGGAAUGGUGACUGUGCAGCUGCCAACUGUGCAGACGACAGCAAAAGUCAGAGGUUACUAUGUGGUGGUGGUGCCGCUGAAGAAGCAGAGAGGUGGGAAGUUUCUGAAUCCCUGGGACAAUCCUGAUCAGAUGAAUCUGGACGAGCUCCUCAGAGAGAUCAACAGGACAAGUGUCAGCCGGGCCCUUCGCAUCCGCAGACAGGCUAGCCAGUCCGAGCCCAGGGCCUAUAUCACUGCUCACUUUAAGACCCUCCCCCUGGAGUUCACUUUAGGCGACAGCCGAAACUAUGGCGACUUCCGCAACCGUCCUCUGCAGGGUGGACAGGAAUAUGUCUUCUUUGUCCUUGCCCUCCUCGACCUCUCAGACAAUACAAUGUUCUCAACCAGCCCCUAUUCUGAUCCGGUGACUGCAUCGGAUGUGGAUCCCCAGCCAAUUGUUGACGAGGAGGAGGGUCUGCUUUGGGUUGUCGGCCCUGUGUUGGCUGUUAUCUUCAUUGUCUGCAUUGUCAUCGCCAUUCUUCUGUUUAAGAGCAAACCUGACAGGAAAAGAGCCGAGGCUGAGGGAAGGAAGGGCAGUUUUCCCUGCAGCAAAGCCAUGUCCUCCCACCAUCCCACAGAUCCUGUGGAGUUGCGGAGGAUCAAUUUCCAAACCCCAGCCUAUCGUGUAUCAGUGUACCGCGGUUAUCGGCGUUUGUCAAGCAUGGCAAGUCACCCGCCUGUCCCCAUCUCUGAGCUUGCAGAUCACAUCGAGCGCCUCAAGGCAAACGACAAUCUCAAGUUCUCUCAAGAGUACGAGUCCAUAGACCCAGCUCAGCAGUUCACAUGGGAGAACUCCAACUUGGAGGUCAACAAACCAAAGAACCGCUAUGCUAAUGUCAUUGCAUAUGAUCACUCGAGGGUCAUACUCUCCAGCAUUGACGGUGUUCCUGGCAGUGACUAUAUGAAUGCAAACUACAUUGAUGGCUACCGUCGUCAGAAUGCUUACAUAGCCACUCAAGGGCCCCUUCCAGAGACCUUUGGGGAUUUCUGGAGGAUGGUCUGGGAGCAGCACACAGCCAACAUCGUCAUGAUGACCAAGCUGGAGGAGAAGUCACGGAUGCCCUCUUAUUUCUUCUCUAAGGUGAAAUGCGAUCAGUACUGGCCAACACGUGGCACAGAGACCUAUGGCCUCAUCCAGGUCACUCUGCUGGACACAGUGGAGCUGGCCACCUACUCUAUGAGGACCUUCGCUCUUUACAAGAGCGGCUCUAACGAGAAGCGCGAAGUUCGUCACUUCCAGUUCACAGCCUGGCCAGACCACGGGGUCCCUGAACACCCCACCCCGUUCUUGGCCUUCCUUCGCCGGGUCAAGGCCUGCAACCCUCCAGAUGCUGGACCGAUGAUUGUGCAUUGCAGCGCUGGUGUGGGCCGAACCGGCUGCUUCAUCGUCAUCGACGGCAUGACAGAGCGCAUCAAGCACGAGAAGACCGUCGACAUUUACGGCCAUGUCACGCUGAUGCGCUCCCAGAGGAACUACAUGGUCCAGACAGAAGACCAGUACAUCUUCAUCCACGACGCUUUGUUGGAGGCCGUGACGUGUGGGAACACCGAGGUCCCCGCCAGGAACCUGUACUCUUACAUUCAGAGGCUGACACAGAUUGAGCCAGGAGAGAACAUCACCGGCAUGGAGGUGGAGUUCAAGCGUCUGGCCAGCGCCAAGGCCCACACAUCUCGGUUCGUGAGUGCUAAUCUGCCGUGCAACAAGUUCAAGAACCGACUGGUGAACAUCAUGCCCUAUGAGACGACACGCGUGUGUCUGCAGCCAAUCAGAGGAGUUGAGGGGUCCGAUUACAUCAAUGCCAGCUUCAUUGAUGGAUACAGGCAACAGCGGGCCUAUAUAGCAACCCAGGGCCCACUGGCUGAGACCACAGAGGACUACUGGAGAAUGCUGUGGGAACACAACUCUACAAUAGUUGUCAUGCUGACCAAGCUGAGAGAAAUGGGACGGGAGAAGUGUCACCAGUACUGGCCAGCAGAGCGAUCAGCCAGGUACCAGUACUUUGUGGUUGACCCUAUGGCUGAAUACAACAUGCCUCAGUACAUCCUCCGAGAGUUCAAAGUGACUGAUGCAAGAGAUGGCCAAUCAAGGACAGUUCGUCAGUUCCAGUUCACUGAUUGGCCAGAGCAAGGAGUGCCAAAAUCGGGUGAAGGAUUCAUUGAUUUUAUUGGCCAAGUGCACAAAACUAAAGAACAGUUUGGCCAGGAUGGUCCAAUUACAGUGCACUGCAGUGCUGGAGUGGGGAGGACCGGUGUGUUCAUCACCCUCAGCAUCGUCCUGGAGAGGAUGAGGUAUGAAGGAGUGGUGGACAUCUUCCAGACAGUCAAGAUGCUGCGCACGCAGAGACCUGCCACCGUUCAGACAGAGGAUCAGUACCAGUUCUGCUACCGGGCCAGUCUCGAGUACCUGGGAAGCUUUGAUCACUAUGCAACAUAAACCCAGUUGCUGUCUUGUCGCGCCCCGCUCAGCCGACUGCUCCCUUUUUGUAGUGUCACACACACCCUGAGUACGUGCACUUGGCUGGAAUGUGUGCGUGAAGAUUUUGCCACCACCUACAGAGUUUAAAUGAGGGGGCGGACCAUCGGCUUAUCCCCAUACCCAGAAACAGCACUUCUAACUGAGCCAUCGCGAUCCUCUUAAACCGACGGGGGGGAGGGUGGGUGACUCGUUUCACCUCCCCCUACCUCCCCCACCCAGUCCAAACACAAACACACCUGUGGAUCAGUCUGAAGAAGCAGCUUCAACCACUGUUCCAAAACAAAAUACUUGAUCAAAUAUAGAUUUUUUUAUUAUUAUUAUGAAUAUUUUGGGGUCUCAGUGCUUCUGUGAGCACCCAGAUUGCUUUGUGUUGUUUUCGGUGUGGAACUCUCACUCUGUCCACCACCAGUGUAGCAUCACCAAACAGGACCAAGCUGCGGGAAAAAGUUGGAUUUUUAUACCACGAGGACAGCCAAGUCGGAAGUCUACGCAUUCAUCCAGUGGAGUCCUCGUCGGCUUUUACGAACCAGAGAAUUGCCAACAGAAGGAACCGAGAACACAGAACACACAGUAUUAAAAAGACAAAGAACACGUACUUUAAAAAGGAGCACCAAGGAGUGAUUUUUUCUUGCUUUUUUUUAUUUUGGUUCUUGAUUAUUUUGGAAACUGACUUUUGUUUCCUGAAAAUCAAAAGAGGACAUUUCUACAGUAAUAAGCACCACCAGUUCAACCUUAUUACGUUUCACCAUUUUAAAUAAGGGAAGGGAGGUUUAAACUGCAAAGCAAAACAUUCAUUUAGUUUUUUAGAAAGAUAUAUUACUAUUUAGUUUUAUUAAAAAACAAAAAGGCAUUUCUGUUAUUGUUUCUUUUAUAAUUUGUGUCCCCGCUGACAACAAAAAGCAAGGUUUUUAAGCUGUAGCCAUGUUUUUUUUAAAGCGUACAAUCAAAUCUAGUGUGGAGGAUUCACUGCUCACCGUUCGACGACAAAUGCCACCUCCGAGUGCGACUGCCACGUAGUCUGCACCUCCUUCCUUUGUGAAAACACUCACACACGUGGCGGCUUAAUGUCUCAGCACGUGACUGUCUCACCCUGCAGAGCAAGGAGACACGAGGACGGAGAACAUCCCGCCGAGAUGUGCGUUUGCUCAUUUAAAGUCACCUAAAACACAAGAAAUUGCAGAACGUAUGUACAGAAGGCAAGAUAUGAUAGAAGAAAAAUCAACUAUUUAUGUGUCCAAAUAAGCUUUCAUGGAGAGUUCUCGAGCAGGGAGCGAGAAAGGGAUGCAGGGGGUGGGGGGUUUGGGGAAGGGGACAAAUUUCUCACUGGAAUGCUCACCUUAAACUUUUCUCUCUGUCUGAUUCAGUGUGCAAUAAGUAGAUGUAUUAUAUAUUUUUGUGUCAAGUCACUUAACUGCAGUUACACGCCAUGAUGAGGUUGAUGUUGACGAAGGUGUGUCGUUUACUUCAGACGCAAGAUGUUUUACACUCGAUUUGGUUCAGUGUGUCCAGAGAGAGCGCCACAACUCCGGAGGUCACGGUGAAGCACACAAAAUGAUCACAGUCACAUUUCAAACAGCAUCUAUUGAGUAUUUUUUGAUUUUAGAUUUCUAGUGCCUUAUAUUACACGCCUAUUUUGAUAAAGUUACUUUAAAGGAUUUUUUUUGUGUGUAUUUUAUGUACGUAUGCUUGUGCAUAUGUGAUCUGAGUGUUUGUGUUCAUGAUUUUUGUUAGGUGAAAGUGUUCCUUUUCUUAUGUAUGUUCAGUUUUUUGGCCGUAAAAUGUCAAACUGAAGGUUCCAUGUGGGUUGGAUGGUCAUUGUUUCAAACCCAGCAGCUGCUUCAGCAUUUCUCUUUUUAUUAGAUGUGUUAUUUUACGGUUCUUUAGACUUAGUUACAGAAGUUGUUUUAUCGGAAUAAUCGGAUCAUUUUAAGCAAAAGAAAACAAAGUUUGAGUCUUUGCUUGCAAGAGUUUUGUAUACAGCGCCUUGCAAAAAUAUUCUCCCAAUAAAGUUUUAUUUAUUUUUUGUUAUGUUUUAACCACA